AAUCUAGAGCCCAUGGACCCCCACGGGCAACGCACUAGAUUCAUUUUAACUUUCCUGUGGUGGUGUACAGAGACAAUAGCACAAAAAAAAACCCCACCUGGGUCACUGUCCAAACACUUAUGGUCCAGACUGUACUAACCUCACAGUUUCUGUUUCUCGGCACCAUCAGAGUUCAAGUGUCGGUUAUUAACAUACUUUUUUAAGGUGCAUCAGCGAUAUCUUUGGUUUUGUGCUUUUGCUGAGUUUUAUUUUAGUUUGUUGACCGCCGACUUUCGCUGUCGCACUUCUUCCAUGUAACAUACAUUUAAAAAAAGAAUAUAAAAAAACGGGAAGUGAGAAGGGGUGCUGAAAGCCCCGAGCUGCUUUUAACACUUGACAGCAUGAUGAGAAGGGGAAGUGAAGCGCAAAGUUGAGUAAAACAGGACACAAAAAGGACACAGACGCUUUGUUCUUCCACAUUGAACCAGAAAAUUUUUCGUGAAACUGCUGAUAAUACAGGAAGCGUGACAGCUCGUCAUCAUUUCCUCGCACUGUGACAUACGUACGGUUCGACCGGCGACGUUCCACGAUGGCUCAAGGCUGUCUCAAGUGUUUGAAGUUGACCAUGUGCGCUGCCAACUUCCUUUGUUUUAUCUGCGGUGUGGUACUGCUGAGCUUGGGCAUUUACGCAAUGGUCAACUUCAAAUUUCAUUCGCUUCUGCCUAGCUUGGCCAGCUUCAACAUAGCCAACGUGUUGCUGAUCAGUGGAAUCAUCAUCACCUGCGUAUCCUUCCUGGGCUUCCUGGGUGCUCUGAAGGAGAACCGCUGUCUACUGUUGACGUUUUUCGUGCUGCUCUUUCUUCUGAUGCUGGCGGAGCUGACGGCUGCCUGCUUCCUUUUGGUCAAAGACAAAGAGAUCGGUCAGUGGCUGGAGAAAGACCUCAAAGCUGGUCUGGAAAAAGGAAAAGGAAAGUUUGGAAAUUCUACAGAUGUGUUCAGCGAGUGGGAACUGGUUCAGAACACGUUUCAGUGCUGCGGAGUCCAUAAUGCAUCUGACUGGGGAGACAAAAUAGUAACAGCCUGUCCUACAAGUACACCCUUAUCCAAACAGAAGGGUUGUUUGGAUAAGUUGAGGAUCUGGUUUGAAGACAAUUUCCUGACCAUCGGCAUCUCCAUCAUCAUUCUCUGUAUUAUCGAGGUUCUGGGAAUGUGUUUCGCCAUGACGCUCUUCUGCCACAUCAGCAGAUCUGGACUCGGCUACAAGUUAUAGAACUUGGCGUGAGAGUGGACACCGUUUAUUGUACAGUUUUGUUCGUCAAACAUCGGAUCGACUGCAGAAGACCUGACAGAAUGUUUCUUCCAUGAGAAAAUGAACAUAAAAUCACAAACUAAGCAAUAAAAUGUUAAUGACGACAUCGAGUUUCAGGUUGUUAAAAACGUUUCUGGAAAACACCUCAUUUUGCUGUGACUAAAGCUGUAAAUUGUUAUGCUCUGAAAUGCAGCUGAUCAUUAUAUCUUUAUUUUUUUUCAGCAUCUUUACAUUGUAUAUUUUACGAAAGAAACCAUUUGUGGAACUGUAACAUGCCUGAUUGCAGACGGUGUGACAUGAAUCUUAAAUCUGAAACUAACCCAAUAAAGUAUUAAUUACAGUA